AUGUUAACAAAGGCCUGUAGUGAGUCUGCUAUAAGUAAAACAAGAGUUUACAAGUGGUAUAAGAGUUUCCAAGAUGACGAACGCCCCGAACGCACAAGCACAUUAACAACCGAUAAAAACAUGGAAAAAGUGGAAGAAAUGGUUAUAAACCAUCAGAGAACAAAGUUGGAUACAAAUUCUUUGAUCCAGUUCUUUCGAACGAACGAAAAUCGCCGAGCUCAUAAAACACGUCUAACCUUAGAGGCUGCCACAGACAAAGUAAACAAUGAUAUACUUCGGGGGCAUACUUUGCUGUAUGUGUCUCCUCUCAUCAUCCAAGAAACUGUUGGCACUUUCAAAACCAAGCUUGGCGGCAAAAAACCUCGGCAAAAACCCAGCGACAAGAAAGCAGAAGAGAAAAAACAUCCGCGCGGCGAAGAGGGAGGCGAGGGGGUCGAUGCCGAGGGGUUGGGGGAGGGGUUUGGGGGGGCGUGUGCAGCUAGCGGCACGGGAGCCCCCCGGCCCCCCGCGGCGCCACCAUGUGCGUUAGAAGAGGAUGAAGAAGCAAAACGUACGCACCCUAUCUCUGAUCGUUUGCACGUUCACCUAUUUGCUCAUAGGGGCCGCUGUAUUCGACGCCCUAGAGUCCAAGACCGAGAACCAACGCAAAGUGGUCCUCCAAGGUACGUCAGAAAUAUUAGAAACAAAACCCAAAAAAUCCAAACGAUCGUUCGUCGCAAAUACAACAUCACUGAAGAGGACUUUCGCAUCAUGGAGACUGUGGUGCUCAAGUCGGAGCCCCAUCGAGCUGGGCAACAAUGGAAGUUCACAGGAGCCUUCUACUACGCCACUACGGUGCUGACUACCAUCGGCUACGGCCACUCGACGCCCAGCACCAUAUCCGGAAAACUGUUCACCAUGUGCUACGCAAUGAUCGGAAUACCUUUGGGACUUGUCAUGUUCCAGAGCAUAGGAGAGAGGGUCAACAGGCUCAGCAGUGUGAUAAUACGUUCGGUAAAAUCGUCGCUGAACUGUAGACAAACGACAGCAUCCGAACUGGAUUUGAUUUGUGUGGUUACGUUCUUAAGUUCGCUUACGAUAGCGGGCGGAGCGGCCGCUUUCUCGAGAUACGAAGGAUGGACUUACUUCGACUCUGUCUACUAUUGCUUCAUUACGCUUACCACUAUAGGAUUUGGAGACAUGUUAGUUAGUGAUGAAAUCGGCUUGUUAUCAAAACAUUUUCAUUGGGAAAGGGUUGUCGAGUGCCGUCUUGUCGUGUCAAGUGUUUCGUUGACGCUGCAAGCGCAAGUUCAAGAUGCGGGGUUCAAGUGUUGUUGUUGUUCGCAGGUGGCCCUUCAGAAAGACAACGCUUUGAGCAAAAAGCCCGAAUACGUCAUGUUCGCCCUAAUUUUCAUACUCUUCGGCCUGGCAAUCGUCGCUGCUUCUCUUAACUUGCUCGUGCUGCGAUUUGUAACGAUGAACACCGAAGACGAGCGAAGGGACGAAGCACAAGCUAUGCAGGCAUUGGCUGGAGCUGUACGGUUAGAGGGAGAUGUGAUCACUGCAAACGGGUCAAUUCUUAGCGGCCAAUUGGGUCACCAUGUCACAGAAACGACUUCUCUAGACAUAGAUGACGCGUCCGUAUGUUCGUGCCCAUGCGGUUGCAUACCCACCAACACAAGACAUAGGUUCACGGUUCGUAGAUCCCCCACUCAAAUUAGACAUUUGUUGCCAGUGCUUCCGAUGCACGAGUUGCAUCUGCCGCAAGGGCCCCUGGUGCCCGUCCCUGUAAUCUGCCCCAAUCACAGGGCUUCGAUAUGAUUCCGGUGGGAACGCGAGUGAUCACGAGACUUUGCGAAAGCACGAAUAACAUGAAACGGUGACGUAUACAUUUUAAUGAUAACUAGUGCAGACAGGUCCAAUUUUUUGUUUAUAAUGGUCAGAGUAUUGAGAAAAAUGUAAAUCAUUUUUUCUGUUUUUACAUUUAAUUGAAACAUUUUCUAUUAAUUUUUGUUAUUUUAAGUUCUUAUUUAUGAAUUUUUUUAAUGAAAAAUGUUAAGGACAACUGACAAAUGGCAGAGCCUUAAAAUAGUAUAAUGACCAAAUAUUGAAGGAAGGGUUGAGAAAUUAAGAAAUAGCUGGUUGAAGGAGGACCUGUCACAAGUAUACAGUUUACUUUUUAAAAAUAUCAAGGGGUCCAAAAUAGUAAACAUGUCCCAAAUGAAAUCAAAUGAAAAUAUUUAUUGACCAUUACAAAUGAUAAAUUAGACAAGUACUGCCGAAACAAUAUAUCGCGAAUAGGAGAAAAAUGGGAUCAAAUAAUAAAUAGAUGCCGUUUUGGUGAUAAUAACAGUAUUACUUAAAUCCACAGCCAAACGUUUGUUUAGAUGUUUGGCUUAUUAAAACACGAAACUAAUAAUUAUUGCUAAUAACUAAUCGAUGAUUUAAAAGCGAAAAAAUAAAUCAUAAGGUGCUUCCCAAAGGUUGAUUCACACUAAGCUCACGAGAUCUGUGUGAAUCCACCUUAAUUGAUAAACAGCUUGUUAAAUAAAGUUU